GCAGCCUCUCUGUGAUGCUGCCUAUUUUAAAGGGACAACACACACUGCAGACAGCUGCACAUGACAAUCUACAGCAGCACGGACUCUUGCUGCUGGACGCCUGUGGACCAGAUCUAACAAAGAUUCAAAGAGAGGGAGGUAGAACGAGAAAGCGAGAGCUAGAAAAAGAUAGAGAGAGCGAGGAAGCUCCAGGGAAAUGAGAACAGAACUCUUUGUCUUGAAAAGUGUGUUUAAGAGGAAUCGCUACUGAAAGUUUAUAUGAGAGGCCAGCUCUCCUCUGGGGAGUGAAGCUUUCAGCCUGGCUGGCUACUUUCUUGCUCUUCCUUCAGAUGUUUCUACUGUGAACUAUUUGGCUGGCUCACAUCUCCAGUCUCUCCACACUGUCUAUGUUGUAGAGUACCCCUGGGACCAUUCACGUGGAUUGACGGUCACUACUCAGCACUGUCCUUGGAUCAGUUUUGCACAGCUCCUAAAGGAGAAGAUUUACCUGGCUGGCCUGAGCUAGGAUCAGAUUAUCUUGGAGUGCGGAUUUUGCGAGAAGGGGAACAUUGAAGCUUGAAUAGGGUCUUGUUCAGGCUUGAUUGAAUCCGAUAACUCCUAUUUAAUCGGAUAUGUUAUACUUGGGUUUAUACACUAUACUUGUGUCCCAUCGUGCCCCAUGAAGCGAUUUGGGAGCCUGAGGGCGAGCAAGAAGAAGAAGGAGCCAGACAGACGGACAGGGAGGAGGCAGUCCGAGCCCCACGGCCUCUUGAGAAACACCUCUGGGAUCUCCUCGCCCCCCUCAACUCCUCCAACACAGUCCGUCAAGCAGCCGCCGGCGUUCCUGCUGGAGGCCUAUCGGAGCGAGCCGGAGAGGCCGGAGGCACGGAUGCGCUCCUACUCUUCCCCGCCAGACACCGGGCAACGCUUCAGUCUACCCUGCAUCAAACCACCCAUGACUCCCUCCGCCCCCAUCACUACCUCACAAUCACAACCAGUCGACAGUUUAGUUGAAACCAUGCUGAAGAAACUUGAGCUAGAAGAUGAAGCUGUUGAAGAAUCCGAAAGGGAUAUCUACAUGCGCUUUAUGAAGUCACACAAGUGCUACGACAUUGUUCCUACCAGCUCCAAGCUCGUUGUUUUUGACACUACUCUGCAAGUAAAGAAGGCUUUCUUUGCCUUGGUUGCCAACGGGGUGCGGGCAGCCCCGCUAUGGGAGACGAAGAAGCAGAGCUUUGUCGGAAUGUUAACCAUCACAGACUUCAUCAACAUCCUCCACAGAUACUACAAGUCUCCCAUGGUACAAAUAUAUGAGCUGGAGGAGCAUAAAAUUGAAACGUGGAGAGAGCUCUACCUACAAGAAACCUUUAAGCCGUUAGUGAACAUAUCACCUGAUGCAAGUAUAUUUGACGCGGUAUACUCGCUCAUCAAGAACAAGAUCCACCGGCUGCCCGUCAUCGACCCAGUCAGCGGAAAUGCACUUUAUAUCCUCACACACAAGAGAAUCCUCAAGUUCCUCCAGCUCUUUGUGUGUGAGAUGCCAAAGCCUGCCUUUAUGAAGCAGACCCUGGAGGAGCUGACCAUCGGCACCUACCACAACAUCGCCUUCAUCCACCCCGACACACCCAUCAUCAAGGCCCUGAACAUCUUCGUGGUCCGGAGGGUGUCCGCACUGCCAGUGGUGGACGAGUCAGGGAAAGUCGUGGAUAUUUAUUCCAAGUUUGAUGUCAUUAACCUUGCUGCUGAGAAGACCUACAACAACCUGGACAUCACGGUGACCCAGGCUCUGAGGCAUCGCUCGCAGUACUUUGAGGGCGUGAUGAAGUGCAACCGGCUCGAGACACUGGAGACUAUCGUGGACAGAAUAGUCAAAGCAGAGGUCCACAGGCUGGUGGUGGUGGGCGACAACACCCACAUUGUGGGCAUCGUUUCCCUGUCAGACAUCCUGCAGGCCCUGGUGCUCACCCCUGCAGGCAUCGGCAGGAAGAGCAGCCAAGCACAAUCAAAAGCAGAGGUAGAGGCACCACCAGAAACAUUGGUAGAGGCACCACCAGAAACAUUGGUAGAGGCACCACCAGAAACAUUGGUAGAGGCACCACCAGAAACAUUGGUAGAGGCACCACCAGAAACAUUGGUAGAGGCACCACCAGAAACAUUGGUAGAGGCACCACCAGAAACAUUGGUAGAGGCACCACCAGAAACAUUGGUAGAGGCACCACCAGAAACAUUGGUAGAGGCACCACCAGAAACAUUGGUAGAGGCACCACCAGAAACAUUGGUAGAGGCACCACCAGAAACAUUGGUAGAGGCACCACCAGAAACAUUGGUAGAGGCACCACCAGAAACAUUGGUAGAGGCACCACCAGAAACAUUGGUAGAGGCACCACCAGAAACAUUGGUAGAGGCACCACCAGAAACAUUGGUAGAGGCACCACCAGAAACAUUGGUAGAGGCACCAGUAGUAGGGGCUGGAAACUGAAGCUGAGACCGAGAAUGAUGUAGUGGGGGUUAAGUCUGAAGUAGAGGUAGUGGGGGUUAAGUCUGAAGUAGAGGUAGUGGGGGUUAAGUCUGAAGUAGAGGUAGUGGGGGUUAAGUCUGAAGUAGAGGUAGUGGGGGUUAAGUCUGAAGUAGAGGUAGUGGGGGUUAAGUCUGAAGUAGAGGUAGUGGGGGUUAAGUCUGAAGUAGAGGUAGUGGGGGUUAAGUCUGAAGUUGAGACUGAGAUGGAGAACGCUGAAGCAGUGGCAAAGACUGAGGCAGUAGUGAAGGUAGAGACUGAAGCUGGACCAAAAGAUGCUGAGGGAAAGGCGGAGUAUGUGCUGUGUGUGACUGACCUGCUGUGACACGGGACAUUGCUGUGAGAGGAAGUUGACUCGGAAGACUGAUGGAAGUUGAACCCCCAGACUGAUGCAGCAUUGUCUGGGUUGAGAAAAGGGUUGGAUCGGACUGGUGGGAUGGGUGGUACAGUCAAAGUGACCAGGGCCCUGAUGGGUAAUUUGCUGUGAUAGGGGAGAUGUGGUCACAUGGGUGACUGACUCGGGCUGACCAACCUGGGAUUAUUUUACUAGAGGGUCUGGCGGUGGUGCCUCUUCUCCCCCCUCAAGAUUGUGCAUCAUCACUCCCCUCUACUUUUACCCCCUGGAUGUUCCAGAAAUAACCCCUACCCCCUAGGCCCUCAUUUAGACUUGACAUGAGUGGAAAGGUAUUAGCAACAUGGCUAGUAUUCCAGCUAGCCUAUCAGAAGCCCUCGAGGUGGUUUGAGUUAUUAUAAGGUUGUUUUUAGUUGCAGGUUAUUUUCCAUUUGAAUCAUAAUCGUGUCUGCUCUCCUUCAGGGAAAGAGUAUUGAGUUGUUUUUUUCUUUAUUUGCACAAGGUUUUGUGAAUGGAAACGAGGGAUGUCGGUGGCUCUCCGAAAACUACACCCAUUCCCCCUGCUACUUAUGAUGUCCCUGUGACAGUGGGCGGAGCUUGCUGUCCUGUCUUUAACGUCAUUGGUGCCUUUCGAGAGAUUUUAUUCUUUAUUUUUGAAAGAGAGCGAAAGAGGUGAUGGUAUGACGACCUUGUUGCUCAAUGCAAUUCAAGAAACAGCAGCUGCCUAUAUACAAUAUACCCAAUAUGUAUUUAUAUUUCUCCAGUUACUUAGAGGCAUGCAAGAUACAUCUUGUACUCUGUAUCGAUCAUACUGGAUAUAUAGAGAGACCUUUUGUACUGAGGAAACUUUAAGUGCCAGAGAAAGGACAGGUAUAUUUUUUUCUCUUUAGUCAAUAUUGUAAGAUCAUGUUCUUUUUGUAACAUUUACUGAUCAUUUUCUUGUCAUUCAGAUUUUGAAGUUAUAUUGUUGAUAGUCUCAGAUGAGUGGUUUAUCUAUUGAAAAUGAACAGAUGUGUCAUGAGUGCCACAUAAUACAUGUUUCUGUUAUUUAAGUUUUCUUUUGCUGUUGAAAAAAAGUAAUAAAACAUACUACUGAGA